AUGGGCCUGGGAGAAUGGAUUCGAGCCUCUCAUUGGCCGGGAAAUCGAUCAAGUGACGUCAACGAAUCACAGCCAGCACGACGCACUCAAUGUGCCGGGCAAGAUCCGACUUGUGUGAGGUUGGAGAUGGUUCACUUACGAGGCACAAUACGUGAUUCGCUCGCGAUUCGGCAGUCGCGACGGAUUGAAAAGACUAGAAGAUAG